UAUACGAUACAUACAUAUAACAUAGCAUGCAUCAUCUGUUUAAUAGGUCCCACGACAGCCUCUCUUCCUCUUCGGACACAUACAGUUCACACACACCUUCCCUUUCCACAGUUUUGUGCUGCCUUCUCCCCCACCCUCUUCAUCCCCUGCCCGCUGCCCUUCUCCGGCCACUUCCUCAGCCGACUAUGGACAAGGCCGAGAGGGAGACUCACGACUUCAUGAACGUGGAAUCCUUCUCCCAGCUUCCCUUCAUCCGCCCUUCUUCUUCUGCACCAGCGCCCAAGGACAAGCCCAUCCGCCUCUUCGGCAUAGAAUUCGGUUCCGCCGCCGAUGACUCCGAGUCCGGCGAGACCAACGCCGCCGACGAACCCAAGGACGCAGACAACGGCGAGAGCAGCCGCAAAUUUGAAUGCCAUUAUUGCUGCCGGAACUUCCCCACUUCCCAAGCCCUCGGCGGCCACCAGAAUGCCCACAAGAGGGAGCGCCAGCACGCCAAGCGCGCCCACCUCCAGUCCACUCUGGCCGCCGGCGGCCUCUCCUCCGCGGACCCACAUCUCUACUACCGCCUCGCCUCCGCCCCCCCGCCGCCGUGGAACCCUAGCGCCUCCACUUACGCGCCGAGGUUCUACACGCACCCGCCGGGCGUCACCAGCAGCCCUCUUGCGUUAUGGCGGAUCCCGGCCGUCCACGGCUCGCCGGCGUUCAAUCGUGACCGUACUUCUGUGCACCACCCGCCGCCAUUGGAGCUGAACCCAUCUCCGAUAAUCGGGGGCAGCUCUGGUUCUCACCAGAGCCGGUACGCCUGCGAAGCAAAAGAUCAUGUGAGUUUGGAUCUUCAUCUGUAAGAUUAAUUAAUCUGAUAAAUAACCAUCGAUCGAUCUUAAUUAUCAAGAAACAGAAAGAUUUAACUUUUCUGUUCUGAAUCACAAUUCUUACAUACAUAUACUGCUGCUUAACUUAAAACAAUGGCGCCUUAACUUGUGAAUGAAGAAAAUCAUUUGAACUUGGUGUUGAGCAAUUCAUCUAUAUAUAUAUAUAUAUGUCCAAUUAAGAGACAGAGGAGCUUUCAAUCAAUUCAUUCCCUGCACAAACACACAAUAUAUAUUUUUUUUACAAAAUUUUCAUACCCUAGCUAGCUAGUAGCUACCUAUCCUAAUUAAUUUGUUGAUCAGUCUCAAUGCUAAA